GAAGAAGUGCAGCUGGCUGUGGAGCUAAUAACUCCCGUUGAUGGGGAGCCAAUGCUUGCAGCUUUUUUGAGUACAAGGGACGAAUCAAGCUCCAGAGAAAACAGUCUCUCCGAUGUUGAAGAGAGAGACCUGGCAAAUGGGUGGUUGAAAUCACAAUUGCCGGCAAUCAAGGCUAUGCUAUCGAAUGCGAUACCCCAUUAUAUGGUACCAUCCGCCUUUGUAUCUCUGAAACAGAUGCCUCUUUCAACUUCGGGGAAGAUUGAUCGCAAAACACUACGGAAACUUGCGUCCAACAUGAAUGUAACCGAGCUUCUGGCCUUAUCUGCCUCGUCUCAACAGGUUAGAUCACCUGAAACGGAAAUGCAACGUCGUCUGCACACUCUCUGGUCAACGAUACUCAAUAUAGCCCCAGAUAGCUUUGGAAUUGAAGAUAGUCUCUUCCAGCUCGGUGGCGACUCCAUUACGGCUAUUAAACUUGUCACCGCUGCUAGAGUCGCCGGGAUUCUCCUUUCUGUACACGAUAUUUUUAAGCAUCCCCAACUCUCAGACAUGGCUUUGGCAGCACGCGGAAUCCAAGAAAGAGAUGUGUCGGAAAUAUUGCCAUUUGCACUCAUUGAAGACCGCAAUAUACUUGGGGUUGAUCAUUAUCUCGAAGAAAUUGCUGCUUUAUGUAAUGUCAAGAAAGACGAUAUCGAGGAUAUUUACCCAUGUACACCAUUACAAGAGGGUCUUAUGGCGCUCUCUUUAACUGAUCAUGGUUCUUAUAUCGCGCAAUUGGUGUUUGAGAUGCCCAGUACGCUAGAUACUAAUCGUUUCCAACAGGCUUGGGAAGCUGUCUUCAAACAUCACGCAAUUCUUCGCUCUCGGAUGGUACAAGCAAGCGAGCUAGGUACUGUUUUGGUUGUCAUGAGGCAAUUGCCUAGUUUCUUCUCAGGAAACAUGGAGUUAGAUGCAUAUCUACAGCAGGAUAAGCAAGUGGCCAUGGAUUAUGGAGACAGUCUUGCUCACUACGCUAUUAUUAGCGAUAAAAAGACAGGAAGCCAAUAUUUUGUGCUGAAAAUACAUCACGUCUUAUACGAUGGGUGGUCUCUGCCUAGGAUAUUACAAGAUGUGGAAGAUGCAUACACGAAUGGUACUCAAAGCAGCGCUGUGGGGUUCAAUCACUUCAUCAAGUACCUUCAGAACACCGAACGAGCCUCUUCUGAAAGAUUCUGGAGCGAAGAAGUUUCCGAUGCCCCUGCGCAGAGUUUUCCAAGUCUUCCAUCUAUUAACUAUCGCCCAUUUGCAAGUGCAGAGUUCCGACACUCUUUUCCCCUGCCUAUUAAUGUCUCAGUAUCAAAUUUCACGCUCUCUACUAAGAUCCUUGCUGCGUGGUCUUUAGUGUUUGGGCGGUAUUCUGACAUGAACGACGUAAUAUUUGGCACCACUCUUAGCGGGCGAACAUCAUCUGUGGCAGGCAUAGAAAACAUUGUUGGUCCAACUCUUGCGACCGUCCCUUUUAGAGUACAGUUUCAACCGGAUCAAAACGUUUCAGGUCUUUUGCGGGCAAUACAAAAGCGGAGCGGUGAUAUAAUGCCUCACGAGCAUAUCGGCAUUCAGAACAUCAGAGCACUCAACGCCGAUGGCCGUAGAGCAUGCGAAUUUCAAGUCCUACUGAAUAUUCGAAGUUCAAGUGAACAAAGCUCAAAGAUCGUGUUAGGGCUCCGUGAGUUGAACGGAGAUUUAGCCAACUUUCAUACGUAUGCCAUUAAUUUGCUUUUUAGUGCCUACCCAGGAGGAUUGGAAAUUCAUGCUCAAUUUGACCCUCAAGUCGUGGACUCUACCAAGAUUGAAAGGAUCUCCAAACAGGUGGAACAUGUCAUUCUCCAGCUACAUAAUGAAUCCAACGGCGCAAAAGUUGGUGAUAUCAGCUUAAUAAGUCCCGCCGACAUGCAGCAGUUGGAGAAGUGGAACCGUGGCCUUCCUCCUGCGGUCGAUUCUUGUGUUCAUCAUCUCAUUGAAGAGCGAGUGCGGUUGCAUCCUGAUAAACAGGCUGUCAUUGGAUGGGAUGGUCAAUUCACAUAUGAGCAGCUUCAUAAACUGGCUCAUAAACUGGCGCAUCAUCUAGUUGGCCUUGGCAUCAAACCGGACAAUAUGGUGCCAGUCUGUUUCGAGAAAUCCAUAUGGACAAUUGUGGCCAUACUGGGUGUGCUCAAAGCAGGGGCGGCUUUUGUUUCGAUGGAUCCGUCCCAUCCUGUGAACAGACUUGAGACUAUAAUCAACGAUGUUGAGGCCAUAGUUGUUCUCUCCUCAGAGAAAACUUCUACAAUCUUCUCUGAAUCGAUCAAGAAGAAGAUAUGCGUCGUCGACGCUAAAACGAUAGCUAGUUUUGCUGAAGUGGACGACAUUCUUGAGACGGGAGUCAUGCUUCACAAUGCAGCAUAUGUAAUAUUCACGUCUGGAUCCACCGGAAACCCUAAAGGUGCCAUUAUUGAGCACCGAGCAUACUCAUCGAGCGCGGUAGAAUGCGCCAGGGAGCUUCAUAUCCAUAGUGGAUCUCGCGUUCUGCAGUUCGCAUCAUACAGUUUUGAUGUCAGCAUACAAGAAAUAUUGGCUACGCUCAUUGUAGGCGGAUGUAUAUGCGUGCCAGAUGAAAUCGACAGACUCAAUGACAUUUCGCGACUGAUUAACGAGAUGGGAGUUACUUGGAUGAAUCCAACCCCAUCCUUUGCAAGGAUGAUUAAAGCAGAAAGCAUUCCUAAUGUGGAGACCAUGGUCUUGGGAGGCGAGGCCCCCAGGAGAGAUGACAUUGACUACUGGGCAGCGAAGUUGAGGCUAGUCAAUGCUUACGGUCUGAGCGAAUGUUCUGUAACCAACGUUAUAAAUGUUGGGUUGAGUGUGGGAGCAGAAUCAAGGAAUAUUGGCCAUGCGGUUGCUUGCGCAACUUGGGUUGUGGAUGCUGACAAUCAUGAACGUCUCGCACCUCUGGGUUCGGUUGGAGAGCUUCUCAUUGAAGGGCAUGUGCUUGCAAGAGAGUACCUAAACAAUCCUGAGAAAACAGCUGCGGUAUUUAUAAAAGCUCCAGGUUGGCUUCAGCGCUUUAGACCAGAGUCGACAAAGGUCUAUAAAACCGGAGAUUUAGUCCGCUAUUGUGCAGAUGGGACCAUCUACUACAUAGGACGCAAAGACAGUCAGGUAAAACUGCAUGGACAGCGCUUUGAGCUCGGUGAGAUUGAGCAUCAUCUUCGGGUCUGCUUGCCCUCCACCGAAGUUGCCGCAGAGAUCAUCACUCCAGUCGGAAGAAGUGUCCCCAUGCUUGUCGCAUUUAUUGUGGUAGGCAACAAAGACGAUUCUGCAAUAACAACUGAAGAAGUUGCAUACUCUGGAACAGGAAGAGAGGCACUUUCGUUAUUGACAACUGGUUUAAGCUCUCGCCUGGCACAAUCACUUCCUUCGUAUAUGAUCCCGUCGCUCUUCAUUCCUCUCUACCGAAUGCCACUUUCUGUGGCAGGGAAGACGGAUCGUAACCGACUACGAUGUAUAGUCUCAGAAAUGACCAUCGAGAAGAUAAGUUCCUUUACUUCGGCCAUGGAUGGAAUUAGACAGCCUUCUAUGAUUUCCGAGAUUACGGUCCGUGACCUCUGGGCGGAAAAUCUAGGCUUGGAUCCAGACUCCAUAGGACUGGACGACAACUACUUCCAGCUAGGAGGAGAUUCUAUCAGUGCGAUGCUGUUGGUGGCAACCUCACAAGCUGAGGGGGUUCAACUCACCGUGGCAAGCAUCUUCCAAAACCCAGUAUUGUCCGAAUUGGCACUCUCUGUGCAACUCACGGAUCAACCUGACAUUCCUGAAAUUCUCCCUUUCGAAACCGUUCAUAAUAUUGAGGAAGUUGGUGAGCUUCUUGAAGAAGUUGUCAAUCAGUACGGAUAUUCCAAGUCUACAAUUGAAGAUAUAUAUCCUUGUACACCACUUCAAGAUGGGCUGGUAGCUAUCUCAAUCAAAGAGCCUGGAACUUACCUUGCGCAAGCUGCAUUGUCAUUACCCGAAUCAUUAGACGUAGGCCGAUAUCGAGCAGCAUGGGACACUGCAGUCCAAAAUAUGCCGAUUCUUCGCACUCGCAUUGUUGAAACAAGCUUGGGCUUGAUGCAGCUCAUCUUGGAUACCUCGGUUGAGUGGCAGGCCAGCAAUAGCCUCCAGGGUUAUUUGAAGAGUGACAGGGAGAAAGUCAUGGGAUUGGGAGACCCUCUCAUUCGCUUCGCCAUUAUAAAUGAAUCAGAUAAGCGAUAUUUCUCUUGGACCGCCCAUCAUGCCUUAAUUGACGGAUGGUCAGCCCGGCUGAUUCAGGAAAAUGUGGAAAGGGCAUAUCUUGACAUGAGCCUGAAACCAACUCUUGGCUUCAAUCACUUUAUCCAGCACAUCAACCAGGUAAACUUGGCCGAUGCAGAAGAAUUUUGGAAACAAGAGCUGGCAGGCUCGCCGUUACCAAGCUUUCCAGAACUCCCAUCAGAUAACUACCAGCCAAUAACAAGUGCUGGCUUAAUGCAUACGGCUCGGUUCUCGAAAAAGUUUGAUUCAGAAAUACCUGUAUCAGCCAUUAUCAAGGGAGCAUGGGCUCUCGUCCUCUCAAAAUACUCCGACUCUGCAGAUGUUGUAUUUGGCCAUACCACCAAUGGAAGGACAUCGCCUAUACUUGGCAUUGAUCGUCUUGUCGGCCCUACUAUUGCGACCAUGCCCUUCAGAGUUCGCUUUAAUAGCGACUGGCAAGUAGCCGAUUUCUUGAAAGAAAUUCAGCGCCUUUCGACGUCGGCAAUGCCGUUUGAACAAACUGGUCUGCAAAAUAUCAGAAAGAUGGGUGCAGGGGCUCGCGCUGCGUGCCAGUUCCAGAACAUGCUUCUCAUCCAAAAUGCGGUGGAAUCGGGGACUACUGGUGGCGAAUGUAUCGCGUGCAAUGACGAUGAAGACCAGUUCCACGCUCAUGCGCUCGUUGUGGAAUGCGCUUUGACUUCUGAUGGCGCAUCGGUCAAGGUGGAAUUUGACUCAGCGGUCAUAGACGAUGUUCAGAUGUGGCGGAUUGUCAAGCAAUUUAGCCAUGUGAUGAAACAGCUCUCUGAGCGCAGUCCAGAAACAAAUCUCCGUGAUAUCGAAAUGAUCAGUCCAGAGGAUCAACUCGAAAUCUCCAAUUGGAACUCUGAAAUUCCUCAAACGGUUAACUUUUGCUUCCAUCAACUCUUGGAUAGCCGAAUUGAAGAAUAUGCAGAUACACCAGCGUUGGCCUCCACGAGCGAGCAGCUAUCCUACAGAGAGCUCGCCCAGGCAUCUAAUAAACUUGCGUAUCGGCUCAUUGAGCUUGGCGUCAGCACCGAGACGUUUGUACCUCUAUGUUUUGAGAAGUCAGUUUGGGCAGUUGUUUCUAUGCUUGCUGUAUGGAAAGCUGGAGCGGCUUGUGUAUCUCUGGAUCCAUCUCAUCCCGAGAGCCGGCACAAAUCUAUCCUGGAGACUACUUCCGCGUUCGUCGCCCUGUCAUCAUCAGCCCAUAGUUCUUCUAUGCGAUCUCUAGGUCUGGAUGUAACCGUUGUAGACAAGGACAUACUGCAAGACUUAUCACCCGAUCUUUCAUCACCGGCAACCAAUGUCUCCCCCUCUAAUGCUGCGUAUGCAGUGUUCACAUCCGGGAGCACAGGCGUGCCCAAAGCCAUCGUUGUUGAGCAUUCUGCCCUCAGUACAAGCUCGACUGCAUUGGGAGCUGCAAUGAUGUUGAACAAAAGCUCUCGGGUACUCCAGUUCGCAGCUUAUACUUUCGAUGUUAGUUUUGGAGACAUCUUCCCAACUCUUUUAUAUGGAGGCUGCGUAUGUGUGCCCACCGAACACGAGAGGUUAAAUGACCUUGCCAACACCAUAAGGUCUAUGAAAGUGAAUCAAAUUCAGCUCACUCCCUCAGUUGCGGCUCGACUUGAACCUUCUGAUGUCGGCCAGCUACGAGCACUGGCGGUCGGUGGAGAGGCUGUAACAAAAACGGUGCUUGAUAAGUGGGCGGAAAAUACUCACCUUAUUAACAUCUAUGGUCCUGCGGAGUGUACUAUUUGGUGUGCAGGUCAGAACAAUGUUCAACGUGUUGACGAUCCUGCAAGAAUUGGGCGCGGCAUCGGCGCUGUAACUUGGGUGGUUGAUAAAGGUGACCACAACAAGCUUGCUCCUAUUGGUACUGUUGGAGAGCUAGUAAUUGAAGGCCCUGGAGUCGCUCGAGGAUACCUUAAUGAUGCACCAAAGACGAAUGCGGCAUUUAUCAAUAACCCAGAAUGGACCUCGUCUUCAAGCGCUGUAAGACUUCCAUCUCGGAUAUACAAGACCGGAGAUCUUGUCAAGUACAUGACAGACGGAACGUUGAAAUACAUAGCUCGAAAGGACACGCAAGUGAAGCUUAGAGGGCAGCGAAUUGAACUUGGAGAGGUUGAAUUCCAGCUGAAAAAUUGCUUCACUAACAUAGUCGACCUAGCUGUUGAAGUUGUCACUCCUGUAGAUUCGAAGGACUCUUCACUUCUUGCUGCUUUUAUAGUUAUAACUGACGAACUUGGAGUAGCAACUGAUGCUGAUAUUAUUGCAAACUCGGAAGCGUCCAGAACCAAGCUGAAACAGUCUGUUGCAGGGCUAGAAGCGCAACUACUUCACGUGCUGCCUGGAUAUAUGAUUCCCUCGGCUUAUAUACCAGUAACCAGGUUACCACUAUCAACCUCCGCC